AUGACUCUACCUCUCCCGGCGCAUUUUCUGCUUCGCAUGCCUCCUAAUCAUCUGCCUCAUCACAUGUUCGCGAUAGGCAAAUUUUCCCUCUCCUCCAAGCGUCAAUCUUGUGUCCCACCUGCUAAUAUGCUUUUCAGACCAUACCGUUUCGUUACCCAAAAUGACUCACCCAAUCAUGUGUCAACGGCCGAAUGGGCAACUUUUUGUCGGGUUUGUUACGGACACCCAGGCGGUACCACACUUCUUCCCGGCCGUGCACCGGAGGCCGUGUCAUGUGCUCCGGCUUCGGCCUCUGAUUGGCCAAACUCAUCGGCUGACAAGCAUGCAAGUCGUCAGCUCGUGUACACUUCAAAGAGGUGUUGCUGGCUUGGCGCUGACACGAACGCGAAGUCUCGCUCAUCUGCCUUGAAGACUUCUCCAGACCCAACAGAAGAACCACUUUUUCCUCCAAAAGAAACAGCGUUUUCUCUCCUCUCUCAUUCUCUCUAUCUCUCUCACUCUCUCUACCAAACGUCUCGACUGACAGAGCUGUACCAAUAUUUGCAGUCUGGCAGACUCCACAGGGCUCUGUCGAGUUCUGUCCAGCAUGAGUUGGUGGAAGAGGAUAGCGAAAGGAGCAAAGUCCGUUGUUGCGCCACUUGGCCCGAGGUGCCGCUUGUAACUGGGACCGAAUCAUUUAAGUCCCAAAAUGAGAUAUUGAAUACCGUACAUUGUUCGAGCCUCAUUCCGAUUCGUUCGUCUCGGCUUCUGGUCAUCUUCGCCACCUCUUUCGGCCAUCGCAAUGUCCCACGAGUCACCGCAAAUAUUAGAGCCCAUUCUGGGUCCCAGACUCGUGAACUUUUACUUACGGCCUUGAACUGUUGUCUUGGUGACCCCGAUUUCGAAAGUGGCUCCCUCAAGCUUGCCUACGGCCUGAGUGCCCUUUCUCGCGCCCAACUGGAGCACCGUCUCCCCCUUCUUUUGUCUUCGCCCCAUCUCUCGCGCCCUCUCGAUCGGACCGCCAGGUCAGAACUCGUCCAGGCCAGGCCCCGGACGGACUUUUACAGACGGGGCCUGAGUCCCAACCCAAAUCGCCUCGGCAACCUCGCCGGUCGGGUCGACAUGACGGUCAGUCGGCCUUUAAACUGUCAAGGCCUGUGCAUUGGGAGAAAUGGCAAAUCGGCCAAAGUGUGCACUUUUGGGCAAGACAUCCAAACGGUCGGACAGUUGAACGGUUGA